AGAACAAACUGCAUCAAAAGCGAGUCAUGCAGCGAGUCAUAUUAUUACUGAUGCACAUUUGCAUUGUUCACGCAUGUGAAAAGUACAGCUUUGUCAAAGAACAAGAUGUAGAAUUCAAAGACCACGUGAUAACAACCAUGACCACGCAAUUUGUCGAGCUGUGCUGGGAUAAAUGUGUAUGGAUCAUGAAUUGCUUCUCCAUCAAUGCUCGUGUCAACAGUUUUGGAAUGUUUGAAUGUGAUCUGAACAACUCCAGCAAGAAAGCGAGUCCAGGGAGCCUGGUACCAACACAGGGAUCCCAGUACCACCAGAUGAGGGUUACGAAAGAAUGUGACCUAAAUGGAUGCACAAUUAUCAAGGAAGAUUUGGGUGGCGGAUGGUAUCGCAUUAAUGAUGCUGCUGUGAAGAUAAUCCAUGAAAACAAAACCUGGAUCGAUGCACGAGCCCACUGUCAGUCCCUUGGAGCUGAUCUGGCUUCUAUAAAAACAAAUUAUGAAAAUCUCUUUAUUAUUGAUAUGUUUUCGAAAAGUAUGACGUCAAAAGGCAAUAACAUAGCACUACCAGGGAAUGAUUUACCAGACUUGUUGAAAUACUGGGCACUUGAAGGAACCGAUGGAGACGUCGUGUUGAAGGGAACCCCUACCCCAAGGUACGACGUGGUCGAUGGAGAAAAAGCACUUUACUUUCCUGGACUCAAAGGCUAUGCAGAAGUCCCGGCAGUCGUGAUGAAUCCCGAGGGAUACACGUUCAUGUUGUGGUUCAAGCCUGGUAAAAACAGUACAAAUAACGCAGAAAAUGUAUACAGUGAUUGGGCUAUUCCGAAGUGUUUCCGCUUAACCCUAUCUAGGAACCAUAACUCUCUACUUUUUGAAAUAUACAAACAGGAGGACGGGAGUGCUAUGACAUCGUAUUAUGCAAGUAUUGACAUGAAUGGUUGGAACCACAUUGCUGUAACAUGGAAAAAGGCACAAGCAACGAUCAGGAUUGUGUUAAACGGGACACAGGAUUCCACGAAGACGUUUAUACCUAUCCCACCAACAACCCACACAACCUAUCACUUUGGGGUUUUGGGGACCGCUUUGCCUCACGUCUAUUCUAACAAAGCAUUGGUUGGUCACGUGAGACAUUUAAUGGUCUUCAAUAACAGUAUGACUGAUCAGGAGAUACAAGAAGCCAUGAAUUAUGAACAACAAGGUAGUUUUUGGAUUGGUCUCAAUGCCCUGAAUGAUAGCAGCACCUUCAAGUGGAGUGAUGGGACAAGCACCAAAAACAUGGCGUUGCCUUAUUUUCUAGAAGCUCCUCCCUCUUAUGGUCCAAGAUGUGUUGCAGUGAAGAAGAACGGGAAGUGGUUUGACAAUUACUGCACACGAUUAAGUUACUUUGUUUGUGGCAAACCAUUCCCUUAAGGUGACUGUGACAACAUACUUGAGCACAAAAACCGCUGACUGAAAUGCCAUAGUAACCUUUCAUUUUUUUCGAAAUGCAUGCUUAUGAAUUCGCUGCAAAGAGAGCAGAACCCUCGAAUUUUGCACCAGUGCACAUCGUAAUUUCAUAAACCUUUUUACUAAGUCUCAAGUAAUCCGCCUGGAAUUUAUUUAACAGAUAAAAGAUCCUUUUUCUGUGCUCUGUUUAGCAAUACAGCACGCAGGAAUUGACGUAAGCACGAAAGGAGUGUGAAGAGAAGCACGAACCGAAGGCGAGCACUUCUGACACUUCUCGAGUGCUUUUGGCGUUGUACUACUGGACGUGUCACAGAAAAAGCUGGGUUUUUUUCUGUUUUAUUUACAAUAGAAACAAAAGAUUGUAGUUAAUGCUGUUUUCUAACACUGCUUUACAAAGUGUCCUGUGCGCGCAAGGUUUGCUAAUCUAUAUUUAACAAUUAUUCACACUCUCAUCAGUUAGUCAGAAAAGCAGGUGUGGCUCAUUUGGUUAGUGCGCGGACUUUGGGGCAAGUAGCUUCAGCUUUCAAUACUCUUAAAUCAGUGAGAGCACUGAUGGAGAGAGAGGAAGACCAGCUACUAAGGCCUAUGCCUUGUCGUUUGCGCUCUAAACAAGUAAAAUAUGCAAAUAUGGACACGACUUCUGAACUUCAUCGAUUUAUGCGAAGAUUUCCGAUCCACACACGCAACAGUAAUGAAUUGAAUUAUUAAUGCAUUUGUCAAGAGAACUGACUAUAUAUACUAUAUAUAAACUAUAUAUGUAAUUACUCGGGCUUCUUUGCGAAGGAAGGUCCGAGUUAUAAAACGCCCGUUAUUAUUCGUCGUAUUUUCCAUGUUCGUCUACAAAAAGCAGGCAUGCGCACUUAACGCCAGUUAGGGACGCCUGGGACAUAUGAUGAGAGAACACCUUACGAGCCAACCUCGUUCCCAGGGCCCUCUCACGCAGACGAGAGAAGACCCUGGCGUUGGCUGGUCAAAUAAAGGUUUUGAUUGGUUUACUUGAUCCUCGAAAUUUUGAUUGGUUGUUGCUUUGUUAUGAUGUUUUGGCGCGCCAUGCCACAUACGCCUGAGCGAGAAAUAUAAUGACAGAUUUAAACAAGAUGUAGGCAAGACUGGAAGUAAUAAUACGAAAACAGCGGCUACGGCCGCUGAAAAUCUCAGAAAAGCUUGUUAUUUAAACGUAAAUUUGUUAUCUAAAUGUGAUUUCGUAUGUACAAAUGUGAUGGAGGGAGGAGAAACGUCAAAGAAAUUUAACUACCGACAGGAAGAAAAAAUAUCAUCAUCCAUAUCAUACCAAUUAUCUUAUAAAUCUUAUCCAAACUUUGACCUUACGAAGGACUCAACUGCUGAAUUUCCACACGGCUUUGCUGAUAAACAAAGAAAAAGAACUACUAAAUACGUAAGCGAAGGCGUAAACACACCGGUAUGUGACUCACAAUGUGCUGUAAUGCUUUCUUAAUCGUUUCGAAAAUAUAUGUUUUAUCUUAUUGGUUCUUAUUACAAUGUUUUUUACGCUGAAAAGUCAUUAUUUUGCUAUCUUGAUGAUGAUUACUAGUUUAUGUAAUUAUUAACCUCAGUAUUUUAUACAUUGACGUUUAUAUUCACAAUGGUAAUAUUUCAUCGUUUAGUGACUGUGAUAUCUUAGAGAA